AUGAUGGCCAACUGGUCAACGGAAGGGUAUGCAAACAAUGGUGUGCCUCGUGGAGACUAUGAAAUCCCAGAUAUCGUCCUCCAUGGACCAUACACUCGUAAGAUUCGUGUGCUUUCUAUCGGGGCAGGUGUCACUGGGAUAAUGAAUGCUUACCACAUUCAAAAACACCUCGAGAAUGUUGAGCAUGUCAUUUACGAGAAGAAUGAAGACCUUGGAGGGACAUGGCUGGAGAAUCGAUAUCCUGGAGCAGCGUGCGAUAUCCCAUCUCAUGCCUAUACAUUUCCAUUUGCCCUGAAUCCUGACUGGCCUCGUUUCUUCUCCUAUUCGCCGGAUAUCUGGAAAUACCUGGACAAAGUAUGCGAAGUGUGGGGGCUGCGGAAAUACAUGACCUUCAACACCGAAGUCGUUGGGUGCUACUGGCAACAGCAGACUGGGGAGUGGCUCGUCAAGUUGAAACAGACGAACCCUGACGGUACGACCAGGCUGUUCGAAGAUCGGUGCCAUGUUCUGCUCCACGGGACUGGUAUCUUGAACAACUUCAAAUGGCCGAAUAUUGAGGGUAUGGAGAAGUUCAAGGGACGCAUCGUCCAUACUGCACGCUGGCCCAAGAAUUAUCAGGCUGAAGAGUGGAAAAAGGAUAGAGUGGCGGUCAUCGGCUCGGGCGCUUCGAGUAUUCAGACGGUGCCGAAUAUGCAGCCUCAUGCGAAGCAUAUUGACGUUUUUGUCAGGACAGGCGUCUGGUUCGUUCAGAUAGCGAAUAAUUUCGGCGCCAAUCACGAAUACACGCCGGAGCAGAAGGCCGAGUUUCGCGAUCCAUAUAAGAUCGUCGAGCAUGCCAAGUCCAUCGAGGAUCAAGUCAAUGGUCUCUGGGGCACGUUCUAUAAGAAUUCAAAGGCCCAGGCCGAGGGCCAGGUUGCGCUGAAGGCCCGCACGGCUGAGCAUCUCAAGGAUGAGAGGCUGUUGAAGGGGUUUACUCCGUCUUUUGGUAUUGGUUGUCGCCGCGUAACGCCAGGCGAUCCUUAUAUGGAGGCGAUCCAAAAGCCGAAUGUGGACGUGCAUUUCACGCCAGUCACGAAGAUCGACGAAACCGGUGUCAUUGGGGAAGACGGCAUCCAUCGCGAAGUAGACACAAUCGUAUGUGCGACAGGCUUUGACGUCUCUUACCGUCCUCGGUUCCCGAUCGUGGGCCAGAACGGAAUUGAUCUCGCCGACAAAUGGAAGGUCUGCCCUGAGGGAUAUCUCGGUCUUGCGAUCCCCGAUUUCCCCAAUCUUGUUACUUUCAUAGGCCCCAACUGGCCAGUUGAAAACGGAAGCGUCAUGGGCCCCUUGAUGUACGUCUCAUACUACGCACUGGAGAUGAUCAAGAAGAUCCAAUCAGAGUAUAUCUGUAGCAUGGCGCCAAAGCAAGAAGUUACGGAUGCCUUUAAUGAGCAUUGUCAGGAAUGGGUCAAGCAUACUGUUUGGGUGGAGGAGUGUCGAUCCUGGUACAAGAAUAAUGAAACAGGGCGGGUCAACGCCGUCUGGCCAGGUAGUUCUCUGCACUACAUCGAGACAAUCAGGAAGCCGAGGUGGGAGGACUAUGAAAUUGAGUACCUAGGACCGGGGAAGAAGAACAUGUGGGCUUUCUUGGGGAUGGGCACAGUCAAAGCACUUGUGAACAAGGAAGAUCCGUCGCCGUAUCUGACCGUCGAGGCGAUUGACCCGGCGUGGAUGGAGGCAAUGGAUAUGGAUGCGAAGAAAGUGGCCGAGACGAAGUUGGGUGAGUUGAAGGCCAAGCAUGAAGAGCAGGAGGAGAAGAGCAAAGAGAAUGUGGAUAAAACUGCUAUUGCGUCCAACGGGACGUCCCACGCAUGA